AUGUCCUUAAAUUUUGCGUGGUUAGGUCCGUCUAAUAAAUUUACUACGGCCGAAGAAGUAAAAGCGCUGGUGGAUUUAAAAAAACGUAUAUACUUUUGCUUAAAAAUUAAUAACAAUUCACUUCUGUACUUAAAAAUCUUCUCUAACUAUUUUUCAUCACACGAAGAAGAAAAAGAAGGAAAAAUGAAGGUCUUUUUCGUUUGCCUUUUAAUUGAUGUUAUAUCAGGUGUUGUAGUGUCUGCAUUGCCAAGCUGCGUAUUCAAAAAGGGAGACCUUGAUGUUACUACAAACACACAGGUGGCAGAAGAAUCAUCCGAAUAUGAGUGUCAUGUUCUUUGCGCUGAUAGGAGAAGUACACACCCAGAUACAAACGGAGCUAUCUAUGGUCCAAUUUUAAAGACAUGUUGGUGCUUUGAAAAUGGUUUUGUCAGUGAUGGGACUACUUUUAACAGUAUAUGUCAAUUUGGUCCUACUGAGAAAGUUCCUGCUUUUGAGGUUGAAAGGUCGUCGAAUGAUCCUUUGACACCGGGAGAACAGAUUAACAUUGGAAUAGCAAUGGAGAUUGAGAAUUUUCAAUAUCCAAGAACUAUUGUGUUUGAAAUUGAAUCAAGUGUCACCAACAAUAGAUCAGAUUUGUGCAUGAAGUUGGUGAAACAAAUUUGUGGUACUGAGUGCGAAAACACCGAGACCGUUUCAGAAAGUUAUGUUGGCAGAUAUCCGAACACAAUAAUGAACGGGGUUCAUCACUUUAAGAGGGCUAUACUUGAUGUGAAAAACGUUGUUUUGAAUUCUGCCAGCGGAAAUGUUUGGAAGUAUAUCACACCUACAAAAAUGGCUGGUUCUGCAUUAGCUAGUGGUGAGAACGCGACAGUUAUAAUUGCUACUUCUGUUGGCGAAGAAUAUUUGUUUGUCCAAGAGGAGGCCAUAGAAAAGAAAAAAAAUAGUUGGAAUGCUGCGGAUAUAGAGAUAGAAGUAAACCCGGAUGUGACACCAAAGAUGGAAACGAUUCUACCAGGCAUUAGGCGAGCGAGAAGGGUGACGUUUAACAAUAUUGGGAACAACAGUGCUACCAACUUGCAAAUUUUUGCCCGUUUUCCACGGCAUGUUAAAGGAGUUAAAAACUAUAUGGAUUUCCUACCGUCUAGCCCACUCUCCAAUAUUGGAGAGGAAUUUUAUGAAGUCCAAGUAGAGGAUGGUUUGACGUCAUAUAAGUUUCCAUACUUUGAUCCUGCAAUUGGUGCUGUAAAGGCAUGGAUUCCUUUUUCGGUACGAGAAGAGAAUGAACAUCUUUUACCAAGAUAUAUUUUUCCUGAUGUGCCAUUUUCUUUUUUUCUGGAAAUUAGAUACUGCCCUUAUGACUAUUGCCCUGGUGGGUUGCCUACAACCAGCCGGUUUUCUCGCAUCGAUAUGGUUUUCAAUAGAAGACCACACGGAGAAAUAAAAAAGUUUCGCAUAAAAGAUGUUACCACUGGAGCGUGCGCUAUGCAAGUGGGAAAUGACGAGGAUAUACGAUUCUAUAGUGGGCACUGUUUCACUACGUUCCACAUGGUGCCUCAUUCCAUUAUUGUCGAUACAGCUCGUGCAAAUCAAGAAAAGAAAUAUUUGCACUUUUUAGAAGGAAAAAUUCAAUUAAGCAAAGAAAAUAUCUCCAUCAUCCAGAACAAGUUUCAUCAAUUGGUACAGCUCUCCUCCCAGGGGUUUGAAGUAACUCAUAAUGUAUCGAAUGGAGUAGCAGUCACCAGCGACGUCAUUGAAUACCCGGACACAGGUAUACCAUAUAAUGGAGCAAUGACUGGCAAAUACAAGCUGUUACAAGUUUGGGAUAACAUAGAAGAGUUGCAGUUACGUAGUGUUUUAUCAUUCACUUUUGAUUCUCAUCAAUACAUUGUGGUGUGCAACCCAACUGGUGAUUUAGGCAACAAAUUUAACUGCUUUUACACACUUGUUGUCGACAGUGUGGUAAAAUCUUGGACAGUUUUAAGCUCAUAUAUUACCAAUGUUCUAUUCUUUAAUCCAACCACCAAUACAUUAUAUGGAGAAGGCAACAGAGGCAAAAGUUACUUUAAAUUACUUCUUCCAAAUCUUUCUCGAGUGUUUGGUAUGCAAGAAAGUGACUUCUUGGCUGCAAAGACAAGUCCAAGUAUGAUACAUGCUACUCGCCUGGACCAAUCAGAUCGGAAUAAAGUACCGUCUGCAACUCCUUUUGCCAACGUUAAAGCUUCGAUGAAGGGUGUUUACUUCGUUGAAAGUAGCGGAUCAGAAGUACUCAUCUUCAUGUUUGGCGACUGACCAUUUAAUAUGCACAGCGAACUUUUCUCGACCCUGAACUCACUAAUCCAGCGGUCAACUCUUCACAAAGAGUUACUGUAUAAAUCUUGUAGAUUUUAAUGCACUUGUAAAUAUUUUUCGCAGCUAUUUCUAAUUUUUAAAAUUUGCACAUGCUCAUGACGAAUGAUUAUUGUGACAAAAGUUAUUAGUAGUCAGAAACAA